AUGAUGUCUUACCUCAAACAACCCCCGUACGCCAUGAACGGGCUGGGCCUAGCUGGCCCAGCCAUGGACCUCCUGCACCCCUCUGUGGGCUAUCCUGCCACUCCGCGGAAGCAGCGACGGGAACGCACCACCUUCACGCGCUCGCAACUGGACGUGCUGGAGGCGCUUUUCGCCAAGACUCGCUACCCAGACAUCUUCAUGCGGGAGGAGGUGGCGCUCAAGAUCAACCUGCCUGAGUCCAGAGUCCAGGUUUGGUUCAAGAACCGCCGCGCCAAGUGCCGCCAGCAGCAGCAGAGCGGGAACGGAACGAAAAGCCGGCCGGUCAAGAAGAAGUCGUCUCCAGUGCGGGAGAGCUCGGGCUCGGAGAGCAGCGGCCAGUUCACGCCGCCUGCUGUGUCUAGCUCUGCCUCCUCGUCUAGUUCAGUGUCCAGUGCCUCCGCCAAUCCGGCGGCUGCUGCGGCCGCGGGCCUGGGUGGGAACCCGGUGGCUGCCGUGUCCUCUUUGAGUACGCCUACCGCUUCGUCCAUCUGGAGCCCGGCCUCCAUCUCGCCAGGCUCAGCGCCGGCAUCCGUGUCCGUGCCAGAGCCACUGGGCGCGCCAAGCAACGCCUCGUGUAUGCAGCGCUCGGUAGCGGCAGGUGCUGCCACUGCAGCGGCCUCCUACCCCAUGUCCUAUGGCCAGGGCGGAAGCUACGGCCAGGGCUACCCCGCACCCUCCUCUUCUUACUUUGGCGGUGUAGACUGCAGCUCCUACCUAGCGCCCAUGCAUUCUCAUCACCACCCGCACCAGCUGAGCCCCAUGGCACCCUCCUCCAUGGCUGGUCACCACCACCACCACCCGCAUGCACACCACCCACUGAGUCAAUCUUCAGGUCACCACCACCACCAUCACCACCACCACCACCACCAAGGUUACGGAGGCUCUGGGCUCGCCUUCAACUCUGCCGACUGCUUGGAUUACAAGGAGCCUGCCGCUGCCGCUGCUUCCUCUGCCUGGAAACUCAACUUCAACUCUCCCGACUGUCUGGACUAUAAGGACCAAGCCUCGUGGCGGUUCCAGGUCUUGUGAGCCCAGGAGUGAGAGGAAGUGGAGAAGAAACGCAACUACCUGCGCCCUCCGUGGUCCCCAUCCUGUUGCUGCUGCUGCACCGCUCGCCUUCGCCUUGGCUUUUCCAAAACUGAAUUUUCACGCCCCCAAGACGUCCAUUGCCUGCACUGCCGCUCCCGUCUUUGUGCCAUUUGCUUGGGUUGGGGGGGGGUGUAGACCCCUCUCCCCCUUGGAGGUGGGGCCCGGUGCUUCAACUUGGCCCUCAGUUUCUUCAUGGGAUGGCAGUGUGCUCUCCCGCUCGACUCGUGCGUCACCCCUUCAAGUCUUUCUGGACAGCUUUUCUGCACCUGGAGCCUUCUGAGGCUCCUCGCCCUGACCCUCUCUGUUUUGAGCUCAACAGUUUUAUUUAUUCUUUCUGGACACUGAAGUCACUAACUGGCAUAUUAUCUACUGUUUGGAGUGCGCCCAUACACACUCCUCCAAAUCAAACCCACCACUGUCUCUCCUAGCAGACUGUCUCCCUUCAGCUGCCCUUGAUCCAGCCUCCCCAUCUGCAGGCCAGAGCGUCCAGCAUGUCCACCUCCCCAAUGGUGAGCGCUGAGCCAGGCCUUUGGGAGGAGGGUGCCCCAGCCUCCUUCCCUGCCCUGCGCUGGACUGAUUCAAGCUUCUGCCUCGGCGGGAAUGCUGUACAUAGUCGGGUCCGUUCCAGGGACCACUUAAACUUUUUAGUUGCUGUUGGUUGAACUGAGCAUCUCUCUUGUUUUAGC